AUGGACCAUGAGGUGAGAUUGUUUUUGUCAUCCAUAUUCUUACUCCUCUGGUAUCCUGUCUUUCAGGUGGUUCCUCCACUACCAAAGAGAGGCAUUCCUCUGGGCUUCUCCCUGAGUGGGUCUUUGCCUGAAACAACAUCACAUCCAAGUAAAACCGAGACCGAGCCAAACAGAUCGCAGAGAUUUAACACCGCUGACACCAGCUAUCCAGGUAGUCUUUGUCCACCGGGGAUCACAAACCCGGAGCUGACACAGGUGGAGAGCAGAAGCAAAUCUCUUCCAAAACUCAACACCACCAACACGGAGGAAGAGGAGGACGACGACGAGUACUCCAACCAGCUCGGCAGUCCCGCUUUCAAAUCAACAUCUUAUUCACCCACUCUUCCAAAGAAGGCCACCUGUCACACCUACUCCCUCCACGACCCCAGAGACGGUCCGCGGCCGAGCAGCUCCAGGUCAGAACAGCAGGGUGGCGAUGUGGAAAUGUUGAAGUCCAACCCGCUGUACCAGACCUCGGACGCGCCUGGGGGGGGCUCAGCUCAGCAGGGAGACGGCAUGUAUGCCGAGGUUCCCCGGAGAGCGACACCUGCAGGGCUGCCCGAUGACACCUACGAGCGGAUCCCCGGGGAGGCUGUGGUCGUCCAGGGCAACAUGUACGAGUCGCUGGAGGACUUGAAGAACAAGAAACCCAAAUCAACCUGGGGGAAAAAUAAUAUCAAAUGGAAGAAUUUCCUUCCCGAUUACAAGAAGAAAUAAAAAGGACUCGACUGUUUGUUAUUUUGUCAAAAAUGAAGCGGAAGUGAAAUGAGCAUUGCAAAUAAAUCCCUUUUGUGAAAUAUUUUUAUUAAGAAAGAAAGUCAUGUAGAAUCCAGAUGUUUAAACACUGCAAAAAUAUCACUAUUUUAUAUACAAAUCCAGCAGCAGUUAUAAUUAUGUAUAGUCUGUAGUUCUCCUUUGCAUUUAAAAUGCUUUGUAAUAAACUAAUUUAAGAUCAUUCUUUCUUUUAUUUGGUUUAUUAUUCAAAAUGGUCUUUAUGGAAUUUGAAUAUGGAGACUUUUUUUGGAAGGGUGAGAAACUGAAUAACUGGGAGAAAAUGACUUCAGGGACACAGAGUAAAGGAUGGUAAUGGUAAAU